AUGCCAUUGCCACCUAUAAAUAGCAGAGGAGCAUCUCCUAAACGACCUUCGGCAUCAAAGUCACCAACACGAUCAAUUCUCAUACAAACAACUAGAGCAUCUGCUUCCCUUAUAUCGCCCACAUGCAUCUCUUUACUCGGACUGGGAUAUUUGGAUUCAUAUAAGGAGCUAUUCGACUUAACCCAUACUCGAUCUCUGCAGCAGUCAUCAUCAAACAAUGCAUUUGUGGAAAAGUCGAUUAGUGCGAUAUUUGGAGAGGGAGUGCCGGAGGGCAGUGUCAAGGAAAUAAUUGCAUCACUGAAACAAUUGUUGAUUUCUGUGGAGGAUUUGAGACGUGCAAGCGACACGGAAGCUCUAAUCGCAUCACACACCAAAUUGGGUGCAUUAUACUCUACGACCCUCUCAAAGAAUGAUUUCGCUGAACGCCACUAUCGAGAAGCUCUAUCAUUGUCACAGGGACAUGCAGCUCUACACGUCGAGUCAGCCAGAAACCUCUCUAGUAUAUUACAGGCUUGUGGCAAACCUCAAGAAGCAUUAAUUGUCUUAGAAGGUGCUCGUGCAUCAGAUGGGCCAGAGAACACGGUUACUGGUGCCAUGAUUUCGAUUCUGUUGGGUAUGAGCGAUGAGGCAUCUGCUACCGGAAGCCACACGGACGCUGCUUCUUACCUGACAAAAGCAUGGAGUCUUGCAUCAGCAUCCAAUUUGAACGAGUCGGCUAUCGCCAAACUGUUAUAUAGGCGAGGAGAAGUUGCUCUGGUUCUUGGUCAAACCGAUGAAGCUCAACACCUAUUAGAAGAGUAUGCUGCAAAAGUGGUUGCUAUGAAUGACUUUGGUGGAGAAGCCAAGGCGUGGUCUGCUCUUGCUAGAGUCUUUGAACAGAAGGGUGAUCUCGGCACAGCUGCCUCUCAGAUGGAAAAGUAUCUUGAACUUACGAAGACACAACCGGAAUUAGCAUCAGAGGAACCGGAAGCAAGUCGAAAGCUUGGAUUCAUCUUUUCAAAAAUGGGCAAGUUUGAAGAGUCUGCCAAAUUCUUUGAAUCGUCGAUAUCUCAGUCAACGCAAGAUCAGAACGCUACUCCACAGGCAGCUCCAGAUGCGCGAGCAUGUAUACAAGUAGGAAUAGCACGUGGUAGUGCGUUAAUGUCGCGUCUGGUUGAUCUAGUUAAAGAGGACAACGUUGCAGCACUACUCAAAUGGAAGACAAAUAGAGAGUUGCCGGAGGUUGUCGUUGCACCUGCUGCCACCAUUUGA